AUGACCUUGUUUGAACUUCCUCUCAUACCCUUCCCUAUAGAAGGGUUCCAUGUUGGGCCGGUCGUUGCUCUUGAUCUCAUUCUCGUCGCUAGUUCCCCGCUUGACAUAGAGGGUGGCAUACAUCUCAAGAUUGAGGAUGGGCUGGCUUUCGACAUGGAUCUGUUCAAAAGCAUGUCCAAGCUGUCGUUGGGCGGCGGUGACUACGAAUUUCUACCUGUCAAAGUACGAGGUGAAGGCGUCGUCCAUGUACUGCUGCAGAUGAGCAUGAGCAUUGGCGUGCAGCUCCCCGUUCCUGUCGCAACUGCCCUAAAGGACCUGGGCUACAGCCUGAGUGCUGGCGUCGAGGCCGAUGCAUUUGCCUACCUCGCUGAUUUUAAGAUUGAUGCCAAUGAUUCUUCAAAGAGCACCGACUAUUGUCCUGUCGCUAUUGACAUAGACUACACCCUUGCUGUGGGCGCUGGCGCCGGUGCAACAAUGGCGGCUAAUGAGCACACCUGGGGCCCGGAUGCUACCACAACGGUUCCUAUCUGGUAUACUUCAAUCACUAGUACUUGUGCAGAGACCAAAACACUCACACCUUCGAGUUCCACUCUCACAACCACGGCUGCUCCACAGGUGGUACCUCGUUUUGAUUUCUUAGGGUCGGCCGUCCAAGAUCCCUUCAACCCCAGCGAACCUUCGUCCACGACGCCAGCCAUGACAUCGACAUCUGUCAUCCAGGUGAUGACUUGUCUUGAGAAUGGACUGGUUCAUUGCCCAGUGAGCUCCCAGAGUACUAUUUACGUUACCUGUACCGAUCCCCCCUGUGUGGUCCCCCAGUGUACCAGCGACGGCGACCUCGUUCGGGCCCAAUAA